CACACGGUCUGUAAUACACUCUGUAGCACACGGUCUGUAGCACACGGUCUGUAAUACACUCUGUAGCACACGGUCUGUAAUACACGGUCUGUAGCACACGGUCUGUAGCACACGGUCUGUAAUACACUCUGUAGCACACGGUCUGUAAUACACUCUGUAGCACACGGUCUGUAAUACACGGUCUGUAGCACACGGUCUGUAAUACACGGUCUGUAGCACACGGUCUGUAAUACACGGUCUGUAGCACACGGUCUGUAAUACACGGUCUGUAGCACACGGUCUGUAAUACACGGUCUGUAGCACACGGUCUGUAAUACACGGUCUGUAGCACACGGUCUGUAAUACACGGUCUGUAGCACACGGUCUGUAGCACACGGUCUGUAAUACACGGUCUGUAAUACACUCUGUAGCACACGGUCUGUAAUACACGGUCUGUAAUACACGGUCUGUAGCACACGGUCUGUAAUACACGGUCUGUAAUGUCUGUUUGUUUACUUAAAGAGUGUCCUUUAUUGGUUGCGCUGAAUAAAGACAAAACUAUUUACGAUGGUUUUAUCUCAGUACAGGAAAGAGACUUCAGGUUAAGAAUAACGCUGCCUCCAGACCAGCACCUGAAACAGGCAAAAUUGCACUGCUGUUGGGAACUGAAACAGCUGCUAAAAGACCAUCAGAACAUCCUUAAACAGAGGUUACAACAUUCUUCAGAUUUGGUCGGGUUUCUUCUGGAGCUGAGGACUGUGUUGGAAGCAGCAUUGAAAAGGCAGCCAGGCUGGCAGUCCAUCCCACCACCUCAGUACUAUUCACAGCUCAUCACAGAGAUCGAGAGUUUAGGAUGGGAUAAGCUGAUCUUCAUUGACACCGACUUCCACAUUCUUAAGUUGAAGGCAGAGGACUCGUCUCAUCGUCAGCAUGUCUUUACGGUCAAGCUUAAAUCAAAGUACCCAGCAGAAGCUCCAGAAUGUUCAGCAGACCUGCCUGUCCCAUUGGUCAUUACAUGGAACCCACAGUGCAGUUUAGCCCACAUGCAUAGCCAGUUCCUGCUGAUUGUGGAGGCUUUGGCUGAAUUCUGGGCAGUGAUGGAUGAGAUUGAUGAGCACACCUGGGUGCUGGAACCUGAAAAACCCAGCAGAGCAGACACGAUGAGAAGGAUCGCUAUUGGAAACAACAUCUCCAUAAAGGUUGAGAUCGACCCCAGGCACCCAAAGAUGUUGCCAGAAUGCUGCCUGCUUGGAGCCGAGCAUGUGGUAACCCCCCUGAGGAGUAAGCUGAACGCGAACAUGCAUUUAUGGAACCCCGACUGCAGCGUCCUGCAGAACAUGAAGGAUGUUAUGGAGAUAGAAUUCCCGUCACCUGCCACCCACGAAAAAUCUAGUUUUAGUGCAGAGUGCGGCAUCUGCUAUUCAUAUCGCCUGGACUCUGCCAUUCCAGAUCAGGUGUGCAACGAUCCACGCUGCGGGCAGCCUUUUCAUCAGGCCUGUCUCUAUGAGUGGCUGAGAGGUUUGCCCACCAGUCGGCAGAGCUUCAACAUCGUGUUUGGAGAAUGCCCUUACUGCAGCAAGCCCAUCACCGUGAAAAUGGUCUGUAAAAUGGAUGCCAAGUUUCAGGACAAGUAAUUUUGUUACACUGGAAUUAAAAACUAAACACCAUCUGCUUAAAAGACAGUAAAAGUAACCAGAAAAAGGAAGAGUGCAACAGUAAUGAUGCAUGCAUACAUUUUACAACUCCACUGUAUAAAAGGCUUGUCUUCUGAGUUCUGUCUAUCCUUCCUGUUACUGAGUGUGUCAUAGUGCACAUUAGCAUUCGACUGAUGUCCAUUAUAAUCAUUUUCCUCCCAGCGGUUAUCUUUUGGUUUGUCCCUGAAGUCUUCCCGCUGGUGGUAAGAUCUUCUCCAGUGGUCAGUAUCAUCAGGGUGGAAAUCCUGACACUCGGCCUUACUGUGCCGUUUCCCUGUUUGCAGCCCAUCUUCAUCUCUUCUCCUCAGUCCAACUGCCGGAGUGAACUUUUAUGCCAAAAUAUAAAUAGUAAAGAGUGCAUUGCAAUUUUUUUUUUAAUGUCAGACAUAGUGGGAAGUGUAAUAGUUAUUGGCUUCUUUGAUUUCACUGAACCAACCUCAGGCAGGCAAUAUAGAUUUCCUUUCUUUAUGCAGAUGCAUAUUAUUAAAAGGUAUUUGUUCACUGAUGCAUCCAUAAAACUGGAA